UACGCACAUAUGUGAGUGUGUAAGCGCGCGCGUAUGUGUGUUUUUAUGUGCACUGCGUUUCCUGCUGCAUAAUUCGCCAGCUAUCUCUUUUAUUUGGAAUAUAUUUUUAGCCAGCUAAUUUAAUAUAGAAUGUUACCCAGCCUGCACACCUUGAUGCGUUGCUCGAAGCGUGUGCUGCAGUCGCCGCUGGAUGCGGUCAAGAUGCACAGCUCCACGGGCCACAGCAAGGCGCCCGGCGUCGGCAUAUAUGGACCCUUUACGCCGGCGAACGAUCUGAGCUGCUCGGGCCGUGGCGAUUGCGUGAACAACACCUGCGUCUGUGACAUACGCUAUGCGGGCGAUGAGUGCGACUUCUUCAAUCUGUCCUACUAUGCGGGCAUCUCCACCGUCUUCUAUGUGGUGGCUCUGGUCUCGGUCAUUCAGCUGCUCAUCUGCAUUGUCGCCGAGUAUCAGCGGCUCAAGCAGCCGUCGAUUCUGCGCGCCUGCCGCAUCACCACCCAAAAGUUGCUCUACUUUAUGGUCUUUGUGGCUUCUUCGCUACGCGGCGCCUACUUUACCACACCUCUCGAUCUGCAGCCCCAGUGGGCAGUCACCCUGAUGUCCGCUUAUUAUCCGCUGCUGAUGACCUGCGCCUCUCUCAUCGUCUGCAUGUGGGCCGAGAUAUUUCACUUGCGCGACAUACGCUGGGAGAAGUCGCAGUUUCUGUCGAAGAGCUUCCUAGGCUUUGUCGCCUUCAACUUCUUUCUGUACAGCCUAUUUGGCAUUGAGGUAUUCAGUUCGCUGAUAAAUUCGGAACGUCGCGAUUAUGCGCACAUCUUCAAUGGCUGUUAUGCUGUGCUCCUGCUGAUUGUGGUUAUCUUCUUUCUGAUUUACGGAGUGGAGGUGUUCUUUAAGUUACGUGGCGGUUUUGUCUACGACCAGACGGGCAAAAUACUUGGACCCAGCGAGGCAAUUGUGAAUGCCUCGCAGCUCCAUCAGUCGCGUCUCGGGCUGCUCAGCCAGGCCAUAAUGCUGAUUGUGAUUGUUGGAUUUCUUACCUCCGAAACGCUAGGUGACUUAUGGAAGGGCAAAGUGCCCGUGAAUUCGCGAAACUGGUAUGAUAUCAUCUUUCGUAUUGCCGAAAUAGGCGUCGCUUUGUGGUUUCCCUGCUGCCUGUGGAACUCUAUGGCACCCGAACAGCUCUGGAUACUGAAUCCACGCAAGCUGCUGUCCCGUCAAAUCGAUCCAUCGAUACCCACGCUCGAUGCCGACAGCAAUAAAUUGUCGCCCGAAGAGGGGCAGACGUUCCUGAGCAAAAAGGACUGCUGGAUAUGCUAUGACAGCGAUAAACCGGAACCGCUCAUUCAGCCCUGCCGCUGCACUGGCGAUGUCAGCUCUGUGCACCACGAGUGCCUCAAACGUUGGCUAGUCGAGAGUUGUGGCAUCAACAACGAGGCGCAGCUGGCCUGCAAGGUUUGCUCACAUCCCUACGAAAUCGAGAAAUCGAAAAAACUCGAGUGGGACAAGGGAUUUACCAUACAGCAUUGGAUGAAGACCGUCAUAUUGAUCACGCUAAUGUGUGUGACGGGUGCCACAGCCUGGGCCAUCAUUCAAAUGUAUGUGGAUCCGCUGGUGCGUGUCCUCACCGUUGGCGUCGCUGUGCUCAUUGGCUAUGUGUGCGUCAAGUGUCUUGGCGAGAAUACGGUGGUGGCCUACCAACGUGCCAAGGUUAGCUCCAUCAACAUUGUGACUAGCUCCGAAAUGGAGAAACUGCAUACCAUAUGCGAGGAUGUCAGUUCAGCUAGCACCUCAGCGGCGGCAGCUGCAUCGCAGGCCGCCUCCUAAAACGCAAGUCGGCAGUUGAAGUCUAUGCCAUAAGGAAACAUCAUACCCAUACACAAAUGCCAAUGCAAAUGCAAACACGGCGUAUACAUAUAUACACAUAU